AUGAGUGAGAAGCAGGCACGGCGUCCUCCUGUGGCGCCCAAGCCCUCCUUCAUUCGACAACAACAGAAUGUCGCGGCUGCUGGAGUCUCUCCGCUGCCCUCGCCCGCCCUCCAGGGUGCCUCUUUGGCAUUCCGACCCGCCCCGUUGAAACCUUCUCUACCUAAUGCCUCCACAUCACAUAAUCCAUCUGCGUCUGCAGGGGCCCUGCUCGCGGCUACCGCUGCCUCGACACGGAAGCAGCAGCAGCCACAGCAGACGCCUCAGCAGACUCAGCAGCAUGCCACUCUUCCUCUCCCUCGGGAUGCCUCUCUAUCCGCGCGCGGCCGAACUCCCACAACAGAAAGACUGCCUGUCGCAGUUGCCGGUCCCAGCUCCGUAUCACCUCCUAAGCCUGUGUUCCGCCCACAUGCCCCUCGGUCCACGUCUGCCGUUGCCGCCGUUGCCGCUUCUGCGAAAACGAGUCCUGUCCGCAGGCAAGAGUUCAAGAGAGACCUAGGGUCCUAUCUUGCGCGACGGGAUCCGUCCCAGAUUCGAGAUCGGGGUACGAGCACGAGCAGCAAUAGCGAGGCUUUGCAGUCACUUCAACAGAGUGCGGCUGCUUUGGCCGGGGCGAAGGCCUCCAUGACAACAGCACCCGUCCACGUUCAAACUGCAACGGGAGACAAGCAGAGGGACGACCUAAGCUACCUUUCCCAUCUUACAAUUCCACCAGCACAAUCUUCAUCGGCUCCCAGCCCUCCUGCGUCUGGCUCUGGUACCGCGGCCGCAGUCACAGCAACUAGGAAUGCUGCUCAUUUGGAAGCCAGCAAGCGAGCUCUGUCGACAUCCCAGGAGAGCAGCCCAGGUGCACCCGUGACCCGAUAUCUUAGCGCAUCUCCUCAAACUAUAAGCGGAUCAUCUGGACCCCAGGUCAAAGUAACCCCUCCAUUGACUGACUCAGAAAGCGAUAACGGCCGUUCCGGACGUGAUUAUACCCAGAAGUCUCUACCAGCACCUGUCCCAGUUCAUGCCCAACGUGCGGCCAUCACAGCACGAGAGGCGGCCAAUGCUACAGGUCACAAUACCCCCAUCCUAGGCCCACGGUCCACCAUGACGGUGAGCGCUCUAGCGGACGCUAUGGUUGCUGGCUCCUUGGCAGUUUCACACACCGGCUCUCGGGCCGUAUCCCCUGCGCCGAAGAAAGUGCCACCACCCGUACCUCGCCGGCGAUCACAGUCAGUUGGCGCCUUCUCAAGCGGAAAGCAUUUGAUGCACUUGCCUGGGAUGCGGAGUGACGCAGGGUCGCGUACGCCAAAGCUAAAGCCGCUUCCGGCAAGGCCUAUGAGGCACACGUUGCGCUCCUCCCCGGAACGAGAUGAACCAUACGACGAGAAGAAACGUGGCCGGAAACAUUGGCGGCGUCACCCUAAUAUGCACCACGAAGGCGAUCGCAGAAGAUGGCGGGACAAGGUUACAGAGCGUGAGAGGAAACGGUACGAAGGUGUUUGGGCAGCCAAUAGGGGGCUACUUCUCGAUUAUGACCUCGACAAUGUUGAUCACGAGCACAGGAACGAUGGCACUUCUGUGAGUGACCUUGUUGUCAAUGUUGUGGUACGCGAUAUCUGGGACCGGAGUCGACUACCCAAGGACGUGCUGGAAGAAAUCUGGGACCUUGUCGCACAGCCUAAUGUCAAGACCCUCAACCGGGAGGAGUUUGUGGUCGGGCUCUGGCUGAUUGAUCAGAGACUGAAAGGAAGGAAACUGCCGGUCAAGGUCUCCCAAAGUGUUUGGUCUAGCGUCCGGCACACCCAAGGGGUUAAGAUCUCCAGCAAGCCUCUACAGAAAUGA